AUGCCAGUAAUUGAACAUAACGACGAAAGAUUUGAGCUCUCUCAUUCUGAGGAACAAAAGCUCAAUGAGUUCCAAAUGAUUACUUCUUUUCCGACUGAAGAGUUACCUAAUGUUAUAAAACUUCUCAGGAAUCACUCGUGGCAACUAGAACAUGCUUUAGGUAGAUAUUUUGAUGGUAAUUGGAAGGAAAACUUAGAUUACGAACCUCCCACUCAUCCGCCGGUUAGCGAAGAACCAGAGCCUGUUGCCAAUAACCUCCCAGCAUCAAAUAGCGAGCAAGCUAUAAAUUCUGCUUUUAUUACUCGUCCAGAGGGUCUGUUGCCUAGGCUUCCAGUUAUACAUAGACUACCGUUCAAUUAUAAGGAAAAACUACAUGUGGUGGGAAUUAAUUCGCAGCCAGGAGUCAGUAAUCUCUAUUCCGGUAAUACAGCUUUGAUGACCGUCCUUUUCCUUCCAAACUUGAUCGUGAAAAUUGCAUUCCAUUUAUUCUCCUGGUUAGGCUUUCUAAUUUCAUAUGCACUAGGGCUACAUUUGACAACCGCAAAUUCCCAUAGAAUAUACGAAAUUCCAAGCAAACCAGAUUUGGACAGGAAACCAAAAGAUUCUCUUCAUGAUAUAAAAGAGAUCGGUGGUGAUAGCGCAAAUGCAUUCUUGCCAUUGUGUUCUGAAGCUCCUUAUAAUACUAUUUUUGAUGAAUGUGAGUCAAAGUAUAAGUUUAUGUUAUUGAUCCUCAUCGGUUCGAUUAAUGGUGAGGAUGACGAAGUUGACACCAACUCAAAAGCUUUUGUGGAAAAAAUAUUGUUAAACCCAUCAACAGUGGAGCUAUUAAAGCAAUACAGUGAUAAAAUGAAUAUAUACAUUAGAACGGUAAAUGACCCCGAAUGUUGGGCAUUGUCAAAGCAAUUAAAGCUCAAGUAUUCUUUGGAAUGUUUACUGGUUGCAAACGUUAUGAACAGUUGGAACUCUACAUUGAGUUCUCAAAAAAUGUCCAUUAUAUCUAGAUUAAAAGUCAAGUCGUUGCAAAGAUUUCAAAACUCCCUAAAGACCGCUGUCCAACGUUAUUCACCUGAACUCAUUGUUAGUGCAACAGAAAAGGAAGAGUUGGAAAUAGCUAGGAAGAUAAAGGAAAUGCAAGAUGACGCUUAUCAGGAGUCAUUAAAACGCGAUGCUGAAAAGCAAUUGAAACGUGAGAGGGAAGAAGAAGAAGAGAGAUUAAAAUUGAUGAUGGAAGCACAGAAACAAGAGAUGAUUGCCCUCAAGAAAAUACAUUAUGGACUCUGUAUGUUAUUAACUUGUCUUGAAGUUUACGAAAGUAAGGGCCAAAACUCAACAGAGAAUGUAUCAAAUAUACAAUUCAGAACUUCGGAUGGUAAAAGAAUUGUGAAAGCUUUCAAAAGUAGUGACACUUUAAGAGAUGUUUAUACUCAAAUUGCUGCGCAUUUAUAUUUGGAUCUCUCUGCUGAUUCAACCUCUGUAAUUGAAAAGGUUCUUUAUAAACUGAAUGAGCUCUGUGAUGAUAUUAGAGAAACAAAAAGCAGUCAGAAAAGUAAAAUACUCCAAAGUUCUGACGACUUGGAAAGUUUGUCAGAAGCUCAGCUAAAGGAACUAAUUCAAGAGGACUUCAAAAAUUUCGGUCUUUUAGUUGAUAACGCCGAUAUAACUUUUGAUUUCGAAUUAGUUUCACCUUUCCCUAGAUCUCAGAUUGCAGAUGAUCCAAUCAUUCAACUGGCUGAGAAACCAGAAUUAUGGCCAAAUGGAAGUUUGUUGGUUGAAACAUUAGUUGAUGAAAUGAGCUCCGAAGAAGAUGAUGAUGAUGAAGAUAGCUCUAACGUGAAUUCAGACUACGAAGAAGAUGACUGUGAGAGCUAG